CCUCUGUGAGAGGCCGUAUCCCUCCCUGUCCAAGCUCCUCAAGACCUAGACACAUAAUAAAGCAGAAACGCCUUAUUUCCUGAUAAAUUGCAGGCACGAGGUCAUUAUUGGUUGACCAGUUUUGUAUUAAUAUGUGAUUGUCUAUAUUAUUCCAGAGCAAUGGAGAGUCAGGUGGUUCCCCUGAAAUUAGGCGUUCGGACUCAGCCACCAGCCCUGACUCUAAUUUAUCAGGGAGGAGCAGGAAAAGAGAGGCAGCGUGUCAUGCCCAUUAGAUUUUUGAACAAGUUUGGCUCAGUGGAUACUGUCCUGAAGGAGUUAAAGCAACGACACAAGGAUCAUUUAGAAAAAGUUCCAAAUGUCAGAUUAGAGAAAAUGGUGCGCAUCUUGCAAGAGGUACAGAAGGGACGGACGGUGGAAGAAGCUGUAGCCAACUUAACUAAAGAAUACAGUGUGGACCCUAACCAAGACCUUAACAAACUAGAUGAUGAGCAGCUUGCAAAGAAAAAAAAGGUAAUGAAUAGCAGCUUUGAGAAGAAUCAGCUUAAGCCAGGGGACCCUGGCUACGAGUAUGACAGGCAAGUAGAGUUUGACACCAGUGAUAAAGUGGAGGCUGGGUGGGACUCUCCUGACGAGGAUUUUUGGUCUUAACCAUUCCCUUUUUUUUUUAUAGAGUCCUGGAUUAAAUGUUAUUUAUAUUUAUCAUAUAUAUUCAAUUACUAUAUUGUAAAAGUACAAUAAAUACUACCUUUAUUUCUUGUGAGAUAGAACAUUUGGGUGGGACUGGAGUAUAGUAUAAUUGCUGUAACUGUUUAAAUGGUGUAGGUGUGACGUGAAAAGCCGAUGACAUAGACUGCUAGUGUCAGACUUAACAACUGGCUAAGUUCUCGCACACAUACACAGACAUGUAGCUGCACUACAAUUAGUUACCAACACUAAAAAAAAAAGAUAAAGCUUGGUAUGAUAAACCAUCCUGCAAGAUGGGGAGAUUAUGUAAACAUACAGUACUGCUAGUUUUUUACUUAAAACUCUUAAAUACUUUGCAUAGAUUUACCUGAAUUUACUCAAGGACCGGCCUUGAUGAGGGCAGGAAGCCAGCAGCUAUUUAUUGCCAAAAGUCUCCCCAUUUACCCCUGAUAAUUUUAUCCAUCUGGAUUUUGAAUUGCAGUAAUGUUUUGGCAUUUACAGCUUCAGCUUGUAGAUUAUGAAAAACCACCCUGUUCUCUUACAUUGUGGCUUGUUCAGCUUGAAACCAUUACUUCUUAUUUAUAUUCCAUCUGACCUUUUAAAGAAGUAGUCUGGAUCAAUAUCCUCCAAAUUGCUCAGUAUUUUAAACGUUUAAAUAAAAUCAACCCUUUCAUGUCUGGUUUGGUAUAAAUUAUAAAUCUCUUAUAUUUUGAGUUCAGCUGCAAUUUCAGUAAUCCAUUUUGAACAAUGUUGACCUUCAAUAAAUGUCUGCAGGGCUUUUGUGCAAGGAUUACGAUGAGCUAGCCUAAGUAUUUUUAUACCAAUUAGAAAAUUAACUUCAGUAACACGAUGAAUGAUACUCGGAAUAUUAAGUUCCUUUCUCAUAUUAAAUAUCUUUGUGGCACGAGGACUCCCAACGAUAAUCCUCAGAGCUUUGAUCUGUAUUGUUUAACCCCUCUAAGCUUCUUUUCAGGCGCUAAAGUAAGCAGAGAUACAGCAUAAUCAACUAAAAAUAUGAUGUAUACAGCAUAAUCAACUAAAAAUAUGAUGUAUGCAAGGUAUAUCAUUUUAACACUUACGGUACCAUAACCUGAGUGAUUCCCUGUCACAGCUUCGAAGCCCAAGCUUCCUCCCCUUAUACUGAUGACAGUCUGACUACAACAGGACCAUACUGUUAGUUUAGUCAUUUAGUAUGCACCCCAUACCAGUCCUGUGGGUGGAAAAAGUUACAGAGGCACAUAAUGAGUUCAGGAACUGAAUCCCAUAGUUCAUUUAGCUAAGCAAGUAACAAGCUUGUGAAGCUAGUUAAAAAAAUUGAAUACUUAGGAUACUUAAGUGUUAUGUUUAAAUAACUGAUCACGCACUAGGAACAUGCUAGUAGAUAAUAUAAUAAUCCUGGAAUCUUCCACUGACCAAAGAAGAUUGCAAAUCCUGGAAUCUUUACUCAUUAAAAAGAAAAGACGUGCCUUAAAUAUACAGUAUAACAAUAUCGCUUCCUUGCCAACACUCAGAACCAGAUCUCACCAAACAUCACCAGACAAUGAUGUCUCUACUGAGGUCUCCCAGCCCACCAAGAGUACCAAAGUUUUAUCCAAUGUUUGACUGGCCCUAUCCCUUUACCCUAUGGUUGAUUGACCCUGUUCCUUUACCCUAUGGUUUAAUUGCCCCAAUACCUCGCCUUAUACUCCUUUUGACUCGUUCACAUGUAUCUUAUGUACUUAUUCUUUACCUGAUGCUCCGGAGAGGAACAAAAUGUUGUAGAAAAUAAAACCUUCAAUAAUU